GUACCUUAACACAGUGACGUUCGGUCCUGUCCUGUAUUUGUGGCGGAAGAUGGCUGACAGCGGAUUCUUGGCAGCAAGAAGAUCCGACUCUGGCUCUCUAUCCUCGGUCAGUAUGGAGACCAUCUCAGCGCUGACGGAGCUGGAGGACCUGGAGAGAGUUUACCGGCAGCUCUGCACUGAGGAGAAAGAAGUGGAGUCUGAGCUGGACAGACUGGUAGGGCAGGAGGGGAGUAUUCACACAAAGAUGCUGGCCCUGCAGAGGAUGGGGCCCAACCUACAGCUGAUUGAAGGAGACGCCAGUCAGCUGUCAGGCAUGAUCACAUUCACCUGCAGCCUGGCUGAAAACGUCAGCAGCAAAGUCAGACAGCUAGACCUGGCAAAGACACGGCUGUAUAACGUCAUCCAGCGUGCCGAUGAUAUCCUGGAUCUGAAGUUCUGCACAGACGGCGUGCAGACAGCGCUCCGUAAUGAAGACUUUGAGCAGGCUGCUGCCCACAUCCACAGAUACCUCUCUCUGGACCAGUCAGUUAUAGAGCUGAGUCGGCAGGGAGACGAAAGCAGUGCUGUGGAUGCCAGUCUUGUAAUGCUGCAGGAGGCCGAGCAGAAGCUGAAGGUCAUCGUUGCUGAGAAGCUGGAUGAAGCUGUCGCAGCAGUCGACCUCGCACAGGUGGAAAGGUUCUUCAAGAUCUUCCCUCUGUUGGGCCUCCACCAGCAGGGCCUCGCCCGCUUUGGCCAUUAUCUCUGCAGUCAGCUUGCCUCUAAAGCUGAAGAGAACCUGCUCUUGGCCACAGGAGGAGACCUGGGGGAGAAGAGAGCAUCGCUGGUGUUUGCAGACACUCUGACGCUGCUGCUGGAGGGUAUUGCCCGUGUGGUUGAGACUCAUCAGCCCAUAGUGGAGACGUAUUAUGGUCCAGGCCAUCUGUACACACUCAUCACUCACCUGCAGCAGGAAUGUGACCGACAAGCUCAGAAAAUAGUCGACAAGUUCAUCCAGCAGAGAGGAUACCACAACAAGUUUCAGGUCGUCCAGAACAGCAUGAUGAAGAGCGUGCCGGGAGAGACGCUCGAGCCCAGGGAGCUGGACCCUGUGCUGGCUGAAGUAACUCUGAUGAACGCCAGGGCGGAGCUCUACCUGCGCUUUUUACGCCGCCGCUUGCUGGCCGACUUCGAAGUUGGGGAUGCUCAGAGCGUCACACAGGAGCAUCAGCAGAACGUGGAGAAGCUGCUGAAACACUGCAUGCUGAGCCGGACGAUGCAGGAGCUGAUUGGCUACUAUAUCCCAAUGGAAGAGUACUACAUGAGGGAGACUGUCAACAAGGCUGUGACUAUGGAUUCGUAUGAAAAGGGCCAACUGACAUCCAGCAUGGUGGACGACUGUUUCUACAUCGUGAAGAAGUGCAUCAGUCGAGCUUUAUCCAGCUCCAGCAUCGACUGCCUCUGCGCCAUGAUCAACCACGCCAACUCCGUGCUGGAGUCGGACUUCAGGGAGGUUUUGUAUAACAAGCUGCGGCAGGGCUUCCCGGCCACGACGCUUCAGGACAUCCAGCGAGGCGUCAGCAGUGCAGUCAGCCUGAUGCAGAGCAGCUUACAGCAGGGGAAGUUCAACACCAUGGGCAUCGAGAGCGCUGAAAACGCCAAGGCUGCAUUUCUGGUGACUCUGAAUAACGUAGAGGUCUGUAGUGACAACAUCACCACUUUAAAGAGAAACCUUGAGAACGACUGCUCCAAGUUGUUCAAUCAGGUUCCCGGCUCCGGGGACCAAGCUAAGAUUGAAAGCUGUUUGUCCGACCUCGUCAACACAUCCGCCAAAUUCAAGGAUCUCUUACAGGAGGGCCUGACCGAGUUGAACACAACAGCCAUAAAGUCUCAGGUGAAACCGUGGAUCAGCAGCUUCCUGUCCAUCUCUCACAACAUCGAGGAGGAGGAGUUUAAUGAUUAUGAAGCUAAUGAUCCCUGGGUGCAGCAGCUCAUCGUCAACCUGGAGCAGCUCAUGGCAGAGUUCAAGACGGCCAUGUCUGCUGUGAUCUACGACACUCUGACCAGCCUGAUGACCAGCUUGAUAUCUAUAGAAAUGGAGAAAACCGUCCUCAAAUGCUCGUUCAGCAGGCUCGGAGGGCUGCAGUUCGACAAAGAGCUUCGGUCUCUGGUGGCGUACCUCACCACCGUCACCACCUGGACCAUCAGGGAUAAGUUCGCUCGCCUCACACAAAUGGCCACCAUCCUAAACCUGGAGCGGGUAACUGAGAUCCUGGAUUACUGGGGGCCGAACUCGGGCCCCCUGACGUGGCGGCUGACCCCGGCGGAGGUGCGUCAGGUUCUCACGCUGCGUAUCGACUUCAGAAGUGAAGACAUCAAGAGGCUGCGGCUGUAACUCAUUCACCAGCUGGUUAGCAGGGAUCAUCCUAAAACACCAACCUUGUGAUGUUGGCAAAAAGACAAGGAAUACAUUUUUGUCUGAAUGAAAGAUUAUCAUCCUGGAUAUUUCAGGCAGGUUUUCAGGUUCCGUCUUCUCCUGCAGGCCGGCUCAUGUCAGUCUGAACCAGAGUUACUGCCCAGAUUGUAGAUGUAUGUUUUGUGGUUAAGGCGAGACACUAAAGGCAAACAUAGUUUUUUCAUGCACCGGUUUUGGGUUUUUUGAUUUCAUAACAUGUUUUCUUUCUACGUACAAAAUACACAUUAAGUUGUUUAUUUCAUGUUGACUAAUUAAGCUUGUAGAUUUGUAUAUAAUUCACUAAUUCACUUUUGCAGAUUUAAACAUAAAAGCUUCUAGUUUCAAUCAUAUUCAUAUUCUGAUGUAAAUGGGUUCUUCAUUUUCAUUUUAUUCUUAAAAACAUUGCAAUUGUUUUUGUAUGACUGUUGACAGAAACGUAAAGUUUCCUUUGUAAAUACACUUAAAUAUUUCAACUAAAAGAAUAAGACGUAUAACUGGCUUCAUUGAAUGUUUUAUAUGAGAUUGCUGUUUCUGGAAAUGUUUUAAAAUGAUAAUUGUUUUACCCUGUUCACCAGUAGUAUCCCUUAACAUGGCAGAGUUGGUGGAUUAUUCCACAUAACAGAUGUGUAAUAUAUGUGAAUCUUCUCCUCAAAGUGUAAUUAAAAGGUGUCACACAGGGACUUCCACCGUCCCGACCUGUAGCCGGCUGAGAAUAGAGGCGCUCUGGGACGAGGCUCUCAGUGGAACAGAGCAGUAAUGAACGUCAGGCCCGUUAAAGUGACAGAAGCAGGUCACAACGCUGAUCCACUCGUUCAAUAUAUGAAUAGCUCCUCGGCUGUGAUGAUGGAACACUUUUAACCUAAUAAAUCGAGAGCGGCUCUGAUCCUCGGCAUCAGCCACAUUUCACGCAGCGCUGCCCUGUGGCCAUGGAAGUCCUGUUCCCAAGCCUUUACGUAUUACUGACACUCGACACACAAAGCUGUGUUCACUGGGCAGUGAAGCAGUGUUCUCAUAAUGUUCAGCCUAAUUUCACGGUCUAACCUUGUUUACUUGCUCAGAUUAAAUCAGGUCAGUGUGUUUAAAUGUUUCUGUGAACAGUGCAGUUUUUCAGCAACCCUCUUCAGUGGUGGAAAGUACAUUUACUUGAGUACAAGGAGUGAUUGAUUUUUUUUAUCAUCAUUGUGUCAUGCAUACAAAUAAUGUUCCCUGCCCAAAGCUUACAAAACAUUGAGAAGAACCAGGAAGGCAAAACACUCAAAAAUGUAUAUUACAGAAGUAAAUCAUCAUUGUUAAAGCUGAAGACACAAAGGCAGACAAUUAAUAAGCAUUAAAAAACAUUUAUUUAUGACAUCAGUGCACAAUAAUGUUUCUGGAAUUUAAACUGACAUUCAAUAUAGAUAUUCUUAGUUCAUCAUAAUAAAGACAAUACAGAAGAAAA